AAAACACAAGAGAUGAUGAUACUGAGAUGAUUCCAAGGGUUGGGAGAUCCGCCGAAGAUGAUAGUUCAGAUGGCAUGAAACCCAAUAUUCUGUAUGAAUCAUCGGACGGACUCAAGAAGAACAUGCUAUACGAGUCCGUUGACGCUCAACCAGGAACUUCCUCGGAAUACGCUGUUGUUCAGAAACCUUCAAAAGGAAAGCCUGGAUCGCCAGACGCAGUUUAUGCUGUUGUGAACAAACCGAAGACUGAACAACUCGAAAACGUUAACGAUGUGUAUGCAGAGGUUAAAAAAACAAAAAACAAAUUAGGGAAAGGAAAACAAAAAGAAGGGAAAAAGAAACAAACAGGCAAAGAUGACAAGAAGAAAACUAAGUGCGGGAAAGGCAACCACAAUGGUGCAGCUGGAGAUGCAUACGAACAAGUUGAAGCUGUCGAUGGAACAGGAGAUAAUAUCUACGCUAAUUGUGAUGAUGGUACAGCAGCUGCUGCGGAUGCGAAUCUUUCACGGAGACAGAAUAAAGAUGGCCUCAUCUACUUGGACCUCGAAUUCAAAGAUGACAAUCAAAAUGGCAGAAACUUCAUUAUCCAUGGUAUCGAAAACAAAACUGACUACGUAGAUGUUGAUUUCACGAAACAUGCAGAUCCCCUGCCACCAGACAAUGAAGAAGACCAGGAACCAGCGGAAACAAAAAAUAACUAAUAUGAUCAGCUUUUGUUAAAUAACAGCAACAUUAAAGGAAACAAAACAACAUUUUCGCUUAGAUAUGAAUCCACCUUGAAUUUGCCUAAUUAUACAUCUGAUCAUAACACUAUGGUUCACAGAUAUUUUUGUGUGUGACCUCCAAAUGCAUAUUGGCUGUAACAAUUUGUUAUUCUAUUAACUGUGCGAUAAUUAACUGUGCGAUAUGUAUGAGAUUUGGUAGAAUUAUACAUUAAAUAGAAUAAUAUGUAUCUCUGCAGUAAAGAAUAUGGUUAUAAUAUGUAUGUGCCUUAACAUAUUGGGACAAACAUAUAACACGUGGGAUUUUCCAUACGUUAGCUUAAUACCUAAAAUAAUCUGUUGAAAAGUACAUUGGCCCUAAAGUCCUGCUUAGAUGUCUCCGAUACAUAUACGUCAUUUCAACACGGGAAAACGUAAAAAAAGAGGUCUCAAUAAUUAUCGGUAUAGGCUACCAACUUUAAUUUCACUACUUCUCCUCUAGAUAUUGCUGGUCAAGGUGAAAGGUCAAAGUUUGUCUUGGGCAUAUCUCUCAAAUUUUUCAAACUUGAAUAUUCAUAUUUUGUAUGGAAGUACAUCUUUGGAUGCCGGAGUAUAUGGUCAUUGUGACCUUAGUUUUGACCUUUAAAUAAAAGAAACCCAGAUAUUUCUGAUGAUAAUGGGGUGAAGUUAGGGAAAAGAAGGUCACUGUGAUAUAUGUUUGACCUCUGGUUUAUUAAAGGUUGUCGAAAGCCUGUCUUACAUACUAUUUCAACUAGAGUAACCAAAUUUGGUAUGCAGAUAUAUAUAUAUAUGUACAGUUUCCCAGCAUUCAUUUGUUGUAUAACAGACAUAAUGGAUCCCGAAUAUGUUCCAUGUUUCAAGAUGAUGUAGGAACCAAACAAAGGCUGACAUCGGACAGUAUCUCGCUGAAGCUUCUGAAACUAUUUCAACUAUAGUAACCAAAUUUGGUAUGUAGAUAUAUCCUGAGAUGACAGGAUUUCUGUACCAAAAUUGCUGAUUAGGGUCAAUAAAAAGACCAUAUUUUGUAUCAGGAUACUUUCUUUACAGUAAGCUGAUGCUGAGAUAUGCUGUGGAAAAAUAAUUCGUCUUGUUCUUAAUAGCCAUGAUUUGAAUAGCAUUUUCCAAUGGGAAAUAUUCAGAACCUAUAUUAACCAGAAUUGCACUGGUAGUGAACUUUACCUUUACAUUCAGUUAGGUCUACGCUUUAAAUCAAUUUGUCAUAUUGCAACAACCGCAUAUAUCUUAGUUCGGUUUAAACUGAAAUUACGUGACACAAUUUGUUUUUUUUAACUUACCUGGUCCGAAGGACCGGCGUGUUUAUGCUGUGGCGUAGCAUCCGUCAUCCAUCCGUCCGUCUGUCAUCUUUUCCUUUCAAGUUCAAUAACCCCCCUUAAAAUGUUAAAGUCACCCAAAAUUCCAACCUCUUUAUAUUUAUAAAUCGUUGCCCUAUAAGGUAAAUAAAGGUUCUCCUUCUAUACGGAAGAAGGGAUUAACCAAAUUUGAUAUAGAGUUCUUUUGCAAUAUGGUAUUCAAUGUUUUAUAAACCAAUGCUGUCCCUGCGGGAACGGAGGGGACCAAAUAAGGUACGGGUGAGACAAAAGUCAAUAUUAGAAUGUAUUAUAUUUGCUGUAUGAUAUUUAAUGAACACUUUUUGCCAUGAAUGCUAAAUUUCCAGGUGGCCGAUACAGGCCGUCAAUGUCUUUUGUAUAAUUGCAUGCUCGUUAAGUUUAUAGUGUGGGUGUUUUUUAACACACAUAGUUAAGGAUUGGCCUGCAUUUUGACUGCGCAUACGGUAAUAUGAACGCAGUUGACAACGAACAUAUUCCGCUCCAUAAAGAAUAUGUGUGUUGCAAACUGCGUUCAUACUGCUGUGUGCGCUGUCGAAAUAAAGGUCAAUCCUCACAUUGUUAUCAUAAAUAAUGUUCAAAUGCUAUACAAAGAAACAGAAAUUCGAAGCGGGUAGUUACGAUGAUAACUACGGUAGCCGUGGUUUUAGGAUAAUAUAGUACCAGUGAAUCUACAUCGAUAUAUGGGUAAAUUUAGAAAAUAUGCAGUGAACAACACUAUUUUUCGUCUUUAUGGUCGUUUUUUCGGUCGUUAUGUAUACGCAUUGCUACACUGUUAUGGUAGUCGAACGUCGCAAAAGAAAGCCGCCAUUCGUUACUUUUCCGUAAAAGAAUUUCGAAUGUACAGUUUCCCAGCAUCCAUUUGUUGUAUAACAGACAUAAUGGAUCCCGAAUAUGUUCCAUGUUUCAAGAUGAUGUAGAAACCAAACAAAGGCUGCCAUCGGACAGUUAUCUCGCUGAAGCUUGAACGGCGCCAUAUUUGAAAUAGGAGUUUUGCAAAGCUGAAAAAGGGCGAUAUGUAACUAUAUAUAAUUACAAGUGUGUUUUGGCUGAAUUGAACAGUUUGAAAAAUAAUAUAUUUGAUUAUGUUUGAAAUUCGUUCCGUUUACAUAUUCUACAUGUUUGUACUAUUAACAUAUUCAACAAUUGCCAAUUUUCUCCGGUUUACCAAAUUGUCAAUCAUAUUUGGUCUUGAAAAUGAUGAUGGUCAUCACAGACACUUACCAUUUUUUAUUUUGUCUUAUUUUUUUAGUGAUGUUACUCUAACGACUAUUGUCCGAAUAUUAUGUUAGUUUACGGAUUGCCUGAUAACGUAUUGCUUAUGUAUGUAUUCUGUUGACUGAAGAUAGUUUCAAUACAAUCAGCAUCAUCCAUAAUCCAUUUAUAGAUAACAAAAUAUGUCUGCAUUAUAAAUUGCAUAUAUCGCCUUAAUAAUGUUGAUUUUUAUGUUCAACGUAUGUCAUAAUAUCAUUUUUGUUUAAAAAUGUAUGAUGUUUUUGCGUAUUAUUCCAAAAGAUUGGUUCUGAGUGAUCACUUUGUCAAUAUAUUUAAGAAAUAAAACCAACAUCAGUAAAAAGGAAUAUCCAAACUGUUAACGUGCACCACAACCUUAGAAUGGCAAAUGUUGAAGCAAUUGAAAAAAGCGUUAGACAAAUUGUUAUAUCAGUAUUGCAUGUAUUAACACUAUAACAGUUAAUAUUAUGAGAGUUUUCACCAUUAACGAACCCAACCCAUAGGACAUAAAGUGUAAAAUUGAAUAUGACGUAUAACAGUAAUGAUAUCCAUUUUGUCAUUCAUAAAUAAUUGUUAAAUGAAGUCGGAUGCUUAUACCAGUGAAGGUCCGGGGAAAGGCCUACUGUAUCCCUGUAUCCCACUACACGAUCGGAAGAGGCGACUUAUGUCCACCCCACCCCCAUCUGCAGAUUCGGGGUUGGAUUGUUCCUUUUCUUCUGUAAAGGGGACAUUGAGGAAACCAGAGUAUCCCUGUUAUAUCCCACUGCACAUGUGUCGUAAAAUGUGGGGCUCCCUGGAAAAUCAUAUGUUUUCUAAUGUGUCCUAUUUAGAGGGAAUUGAAGAUACCGAAUUUAAUAUUCGGUCCCAAUUGUAACACUUAUUCGUUUCCUUUCUGCCUUGUCUUCUUUCUUUCUCACAUCCUUUCUCUUCCCGUUGGUGUCUCCCCAUAUGACACUGGUUGUUACGGGAACGUUAAACCCUUAGAACGCAAACAAACAAAUUUAUAGAAUAUGAUUAUGAAAUGUGACCUGGUUCUUUGUUUUUAUAUUGUUUUUCUUAUUUUUCUUAGUUGGUUCUAUUGAGUGUAACUUUCCGAGUUGAAAAAGUAGGGGGAUAAAGAUUGGGCAGCACGAGUUAUAGGCCGGUGUUGACACCCGGUAUAUGUUAUUUUAUUUUGGAAGUGCAUUCGCUAGACUCGUCACAUUCUGUGUUUCACGUAUCGUUUAAAUAAUAAAAUAUGACAGACCUUUCAUUUGUGUGGUAGGAGCAUUAUGUGUCGUUUUUCCAAGCACAUUAGUUAACGUUUGUUUGUUAGAAGUCACGGCUUUGGGGUAUGAGAGUGGUAGGCCUAGUGUUUACAUGCCGCGUUCGUUAUGUUCGUGGAAAUUCAUGAACAUGUGAAUGUAAAGUUUGUAUUAAACACAAAUAGUUACUGGAAUCUUAUUUCGCGAGCUUUCGAAAAUGUCCUUUUCCGUUGACAAGCAUAUGGUCUAAAUGACCAGUGUCUCGAGUCUAAACCGCUGCAAACGGCACAUGCAAACUUUGCCUUUAUUAAUCAUUCCGAAUCAUGAAUAUUUGUGUACUAUUUUCCUAUGUUAGAAAUAUCUAGAUUAAUUCCUAAUUGUUUCACUCCUGUGCGCGAACCCAUAUUGGAUAUUGAAAUACUUUUAAUACAAUUUAAGAUUUGUCAGAAUGAUAUUGCAAAAUGUAAGACGAUAGUACGUGUCACUGUUGCGAAAAAUGUGAGGUUUACUCGUUUACACUUAUUUAUUUCCAAAUAUUCUACUAAAAAUAAGA